GCCACAUACUCUCAGCCCCCCGGUCCAUUCUCAAGCGUUUUCUGCGCCUCUCUACACACAAUGGCUCCUCUCAUCGCCUCGCGCAAGGCCCCUAUGACCAACACGUCGGGCCACCCCGCCCUCACGGCGCUCUACAACCUCGGCGGGCAGGGUGACCCCAAGACUGUCGAAAAGAUCUACGAGCAGUGGGCGUCGAGCUACGACUCGGACAUUCUUGGCGACGAACAGGGCUAUGUGGGCCCUCAGACAGCUGUCCGCGCCCUCGUGCGCGCGGGCGUGAGCCCCUCCGCCCACAUACUCGACGCCGGCUGCGGCACCGGCCUCGUCGGCGUUCACCUCGCCAAGGCCGGCUACGCCGACGUCGACGGCAUGGACCUCUCGCCUGCCAUGCUCGAGCAGGCGAGCAAGACGGGAUCCUACAAGGCUCUCGGAACCGUCGAUCUUACGCGUGACAUUCCCGCCCCGGAUGCCGCCUAUGAUGGCAUCACGUGCGUCGGCACGCUCACGCAUGGGCACGUUGGGCCGCGCGUGCUCAACGAGUUCGUGCGAGUCGUCAAGCCGAACGGCGUCAUUGUCGCCACCGUCCUGGACGAUAUUUGGGAGGAGGACGGGUUCGCCGACGAGGUCAACCAGCUCGCGAAGGACAACAAGGUCGACGUCCUCGGCACUGACCUCGAGCCGUACCGUGCCGGCGCUGGUGUCAAUGCCCGCACCCUCGUCAUGCGUCGCCGCUAG